UCUUUUUAUUGUUUAUUUAUGCUUUCGAAUUUUCUGUUGACAAACACUAGAAGCAGUAUUUUUUAUUCACAUUAUUUAUUAUGUUUCAGGACCUUAAAUUACCAAUUAAUGGCGGACAUAGCUGGGGCAAUCAUCAGUGCAUUGAGUUGCAUUUGUGGUACUCCAAUCUGCAACUGUAUAGAUCAAUAUAGAAGUUUUAAUGAUGAUGUGGGUGAGCUGAGAAGAGAAUUGGACACUCUAACCAAACGAAAGGAAGAUAUAGAAUCAAGAAUAGAAGUAGGAGAGGCUUGCGGGGGAGAAAUGGUUAGACGAGAAGUGAAAGAUUGGCUUAAGCAAGUACAAGACAUUAAUGUUGAUGUACAUGCAUUUUUAGAAGAGGUGCAGGGAAUCAAGUGGUACGAGCGUGCCUGUCUUGACAAACUUGUUUGUAGAAAAAUUGAUGUGGUGAGGGAGAUGCUUGAAAAAGGUAGUUUUCCUGGAGGCCUUUUUAUUGACAGAGCUCCAGCUCGUGGAAACAGAAUUCCAACAGAGAAUUUAGUGGGGGAGAUUUCUACUAAAGAAGAAAUUUGGGGGUACUUGAUAGGUGAUGAGGUUGGAAUGAUCGGAGUUUGUGGGAUUGGUGGAGUUGGAAAGACUACGAUCAUGAAGAAUCUCCACAAUGAUUUACAGGGGGAGACUAGAUUUCAGAAAGUCAUUUGGGUUACUGUAUCACAUCCUCUCAAUGUUUUUGAAUUACAAAAGAAGAUUGCUGGUGCUAUGGGCAAAAGACUUCUAAAUGAUGAUAAAGAUGCUGAUGGAGUGAUGAUGAGAGCGGGGGAACUAAUGGAUAUAAUGGAAGGAGUGAAAUUUGUGGUAAUAUUAGAUGAUGUAUGGGAAAAUUUCUCUCUUAGGGAAGUUGGAAUUCCGGAUCCAAAGGCACAAAAUGGGUGCAAAGUAGUUGUCACUAGUAGAUCAAUUGAAGUAUGCAGUUAUUUGAGUUGUAAGAUUGUUAAAGUGCAACCUCUUUCACAAGAGGAGUCUCUAAAGUUAUUCCUCAAUACAGUUGGGGAUGUUGUUUUAGAAGUUCCAGGGUUGGAAGAAAUCUUAGAGCUUAUUGUGGAAGAGUGUGCAGGCUUACCACUGGCCAUUGUUGUGAUAGCCGGGAGCAUGAGGGGAGUUGAUGAUGUUAUUGUGUGGAGAAAUGCAUUGGCUGAAUUAAGAGAUCGUGUAAAGAGUGUGAAAGAUUCAAAUGAUGAGAUAUUUAAGCGACUAAGGUUUAGUUUUGAUCGGUUGGAUAGCUUGGAAGUUAAGAAUUGUUUUCUUUAUUGCUCCUUCUUUAAGGAGGAUUAUGUGUUUUCUAGAAGGGAGUUGAUAGAAUGUUGGAUUGAUGGAGGAAUAUUUGAUGGGUUGCCUAGUAGAGAAGCAGCUUAUGAUAGGGGCCAUGCUAUUAUAGAUAGGCUGGAAAAAAAUUUCUUAUUAGAGAAAGAUUCUAGGAUACUUGCAUUUCCUGCAUAUCCAAUGCUUAUACCUGGGGCUAAGAUGCAUGAUAUAGUGAGAGAUAUGGCUAUCACAAGCAUUGGUCCUGAAUUUGGAUAUAUGAUAAAAGCUGGUAUGAAUUUGGUAGAGCUACCAGAUGAGCAUGGUUGGGUAAAAGAUCCUAAGAAGUUGUCUCUAAUGGCAAAUGACAUUUUAAAAGUUCCUCUUAGUAUGUCCCCAAAGUGUUCCACCCUUUCGACAUUGAUAUUAUCAAGUAAUUCUAAUUUGUCAGAGAUUCCAGAAUCUUUUUUUGGAGAGAUGCUCGCUUUGAAGGUUCUUGAUCUAUCUAGCACUGCUAUUGAGACUCUACCUAAUUCCAUCUCUAAAUUGAAGAAUCUAUCUACCCUGCGGUUACAGCUUUGCAAGAAGUUAAAGUACUUGCCUUCCUUAGCAAACCUCAGGGGAUUGAAGAAGUUGGACCUGCACAGGGCAGGGAUUGAGGUGGUCCCACAAGGCAUGGGGAUGUUGAUAAGUCUUGAAUAUCUUGAUUUGUUAUUUUGUCCAAAUCUGAAAGAGAUUCCAACAGGAAUAUUACUUAACCUUUCCAGUCUCCAGUAUUUGGCAGUUUGUUGUUUACGAGAAACUACAAUAGUGAGAAAUUUGGAAGAGGUUGCUAGACUGAAGAAGUUGGAAACUUUAGAAUGUAACUUUGAUGACAUACAUGACUUCAAUUAUUUUGUCAACAAGUUCAAAGAUUUCCAAAGGGCUAUCGCUUACAGUCUUCUAGUUGGGAGUGCAGAAGACAUGCUUAGAAGGAGCAAACAUGUGCUUGUAAUUACUGAUUGCGAGAUCGGGGAAGAAUGUAUAGUGCUUCCAAAUAAGCUUGAAGAUUUGUCGAUAAUUGGGCUUAAAAACAUGGGAAGCAGCUUAAGCAAAAUAGUUCUGUUAGACAAAGCAAAUGAGUUGAGGACAUGCACUAUUAGCUCUUGUGAAGAGAUAGAGUGCGUGGUUGAGUUGGACUCAUCCUCCUCCUCAUUGCGUUGUCCAGUAUUUGAUAAGCUUGAAGUGCUGCGGCUUUGGGGAUUGCCUAGGUUGUGUGAACUUGUGAGAGUGGAAGGAGAAGCAACACCAUCACACGUCUUUUCCAAUCUUAAAAAGCUUUAUGUAUUAUUUUGUUUGGGAAUAAGGAAGUUGUUUCCGCUUGAGCUACUGCAGACCCUCCAAAACUUAGAGGCGAUUAUAGUUUAUGAUUGCCAUCAAAUGGAGGAGAUAAUAGCAUCAUUAGAUUCGGAUGCAUCAUCAUCAGAUAAAUUCACUUUCACUUUUCCUAAGUUAAGGGAAUUGCGCUUGUCAGGCUUACCCCAAUUGAAGAGCAUCUGCAGUGCCAAAGGAGUUAUGGUUUGUAAUUCUAUUGAAACAAUUGAAAUAGGUGGAUGUCCGGAGUUAAAGAGGAUCCCUGUGCAACUUCCCCAACUUGAUAACGGCCAACCAUCUCCUCCUCCUCAUCUCAGAGAAAUCGAGAUAGAUGAAAGUUCAAAAGAAUGGUGGGAAUCAAUGGAGUGGGAUCAUCCUAACGCUAAGAACCUCCUUCAACCCUUCUUGAAAUAUAGUAGAAGACCGUGGGAGUGAGGGUAAGGUGUUGAUCGAUUUACUACUAUUUAAUUCUAAUUUGAAUUUGCUUCGGUAAUAUAUUACAGUAAGUUGUUGAAAAUUUGGGAAAUAAUUUGUGUAGAUUGAAGUGAAGAGCUGCAAACUACAAAUGUAAAGCCAUGUGCCACCUCAGCAACACGUGCCAAUAAAAGCAUUUCCACAGU